AUGUGUGGACAGAUACUGCUCAACCACUACCCUGGUCGCUUCGUUGAGUAUCUCGACCACCACUUUGACGAGCUAUGGACUCAUAUUAUUAUGCGCUACUACGCCGAGGCCCUCCACAGGUACGAUCAGCCAGCAGUGAGCGACACACGAAUGCUGCACGUGCAACACACAAUCUCUGCGGGCGUGUAUAUUCGUGUCGACAGGUCAUCCCAUGUGGGAGGCAAUGUGUACAUUGCGCCCGUGUCGAUCGUAUGCCAUUUCCUCUUCGAUGGCCUGGACGGUCUGGCGGCCAUGGAAGACGCGUGAGCAAGAAACGAGAGCAGAGAGGACACCAUCUCAUCUGGUGCAGGAAAAAUAGUUAAAACACGCGCGCAGGAGGCCCCCAGAACGCCCAUCCCUUCCAAGAUAGAGAUCGUGACGAAGGCGCCACCGAAGAAGGCCAAACCCAAACCGAAGGCCAAGGCCAAGGCAAAGGGUGCGGACGGCUGCACAGCACGCGCACAUGCAGUACAUACUGUGCACAGACAGACAGACGCACGUAGAUCUCUUGGUAUCGCUGCAUGCCGCGGCGAAGCGAUGACUGACGCCUCCGCCUGUGUCUCUGUGCGUGUGGUGUGUCUGUGUGCAGCCCCUCCUAUCCAGCCCCUCCCCCUUCCCCGCCUGCACACCUUCGAAUUUCUGGUGAGCAGCAGAAUGACGUGCUGGUGUGACGAGCUGAGAUCUCUGCCUUUUCGUGGCUCCUCCAUUGUUUCUCGCAGCCCCAGAGUCGCGUCCGCAUCAUUCAGCACUGCCCGGUAGGACCUGACACGCAACAGGACGCAUCGGUAUAUGUGUGUUUGUGUGUUUGUGUGUCUAUGUGUGUGUGAAUGUGUGUGUGUGUAUAUGUUGGCGACGCGCGUCCCUCCCUUCGUGUCGCCCAACCAAAAAGAACGGGGAAACGGUGAGUGGGAUCGAUGUGAGGGAGGGAGGACGGGUUUUCAAGGUCACGCCCUUUCUUUGCGUUUUUUGCAGACGACGACUACGGUGGAUAUUGGCUCGAUUCUGGACGUGAUUGGGGGGAACCAGCAGAUGCAGGUACGGAGGGGGGAUGGGUCCAGGGGGCUUCUCUUACUGUUUCGUUCCCGUUUUCCUGUGUGACUGGCUUGUCAGGAAGCCUUCAUGGCCUGCUUGCUUCAGAGUUCGACCAACUCAAACAGCUACUCCAACAGCAACAUCAACAACAACACCACAAACAACAGCCAGGUAGGAUGCGACCACUCCCCCUUCCCCACCCACCCACACAAACAUACUGUGACGGUGCUCUGGGUGCUCUGUGGUUGUGUGGUGUCAGGUACGUGUAAUACACUUCAUCCGACACACAUCGCGCCACGACGAGAACCAAAACACCAGACACCAUCACCCACCCACCCAACGACACACAGAGGGACGUGUGUGGACGUUCAGGCCGGUGGGGGCGGUGCGGGCGCCGGGGUAGCUAGCAGUGGUGUUGAAGGUGUUGCUGUCGGGUCUGUGAGUGAGCGUGACGGUGCUUGUGGUGGCGUGACGGUACGCACAGGCGGCCAACCCACCACACACACAGGCACAUGUGUGAAUGGCAAGAUGGCUGUGCCUGUCCUUCUGUGUGCAGGUGGUUGGGUCGCAGGAUGCACACUCGUCAGCAGCAGCAAUAGUUCAUCAAACACCAGGUGCGACACACCUCAUGACCGUGCUUGGCGCAACGGCAAACAAGAUGCGUCUCAACAGACAGAUGUCUGUGCGUGUGUUGUGUUGCCUUGGACGAAAGGUUGUUGCAUCGUGUCGUGAUCAUGGCCACGGUCGCUCGUGGAGGUGGAGGUGGUGCUGGUGGAAGGAAGGGAGGUGGUGGCGGCAAGAGGCCGCCGAAAGGUCCUGGAGGUGGCCCGCCGACGGACGGCGGCUCGGGGUCCAAGCCCGGUGUCAAGUGGGCGCCAGUUCGUCCAGAUUUGUUGGUCGAAUUGAGCCGGUAA